CUAGUAAGUAGUAACUAGUUUGUCUCUUGAUGGCUGUUUAUAUUUUUGGAUUACAUAUCUCUCAUUAUAGCUACAAAUCAAAGGUACAUUAAAUCGGUGAAGUUAGUAGAGUCUUGAAAGGUCAUCUUAAGAAAAGUCAAAUCUUAUUAUUCUGUGUAUGCGGUCUAAUGGCAACUACAUCAUAUGAGCAUGAUGGAGCUGGUGGAAAAUUUAUACCAGCAACACAAAGACCUGAUGGUACAUGGAGAAAGCCAAGAAGAGUAAAAGAUGGAUAUAUACCACAAGAGGAAAUACCAUUAUAUGAAAGUAAAGGAAAACAAUUCAAAGCUAGACAAAACACAGGAUUGCCAGUUGGUUUGCCUCCUGAAUUGGCAGAAGAAAUAAGAAAACCUAAAAAAGGCAGUGGCAUUAUUCAACCAAUACCUGGAAUGGUUGUCAAUAUUGAAAAAAAGAAGAAGAAGAAAAAGUCAGCUGUCAAUGAAGUUGCUGAUAGAUUAUCAAAAGUUGAAAUAAUAGAACCAACAUUUAAUGAAGCAGUUCAUCAACCUAACACAAUAUCAGCUUCAGAUCCAAAUAAAAAGUUAAAAAAUUUACGGAAAAAGCUUAGAGAUAUUGAAACACUUGAAGAAAAAAUAAAUAUUGGGACUCUAAAUCCAGACAAAGAUCAAAAGGACAAAAUUUCAAAAAAGAAUGAAAUUAUAAAAGCAAUAGAAGAAUUAGAAAAAUGUAGUUUUUAAGAUGACCAAAGUCAAUAUUAUGUUAAAUCAGUAAUUUUUAUUUUGUAAAAGACGAAAUGUGAAUUUUUUUUAAAUGACAAUUAAUAUUUUGCACUGGUAAUAUAAAUAAAAUUAUUU